GGCUUAGCGCCUCGCUCUAUGUAUGUACUUAAAAGUCACCACUGGCGACUUCCACUUAUAAGUAUUUCCACUGUUCCAGUGAGUGAGAGGCAGGUCAGGCAUUAUCGCCGGAACCUGUUCUGGACUUCGUUUCAUGCACCAUGCGAUAUCGUCCUGCCCUGUGGCCACUGCUUACCGGCCGACCUGAACGUGGGUGGCUGUUGAAUGGCAAUCCCGUGCCUGUGCCGACGUUCCAAAGGUCUGUGAGGCACCAGGCUUUCGAUGCAGCGUUUGAUCAGGAACAGCUGGCCGAGGCCAGGAAAUGGCGUGAGACGUUCUCCAUUAGCAGUCUGCCCCAAGGCAGCACCUCCUUCUCGCGGUCUAGCGGCCCGGGAGGGCAGCAUGUAAAUAAGACCGAAACCAAGGCGACAACCACCUGGUCUGUACCCCAACUGCUAAGCUUUCUACCAAAGCUGCUACAUGAUGGCAUCCGCAAAUCAAAAUACUACUCGAAACGAAAUGACUGCCUCACAAUCCAGGCGCAGACACAGCGAAGCCGAAAUGCGAACACCGACGAGAACCGCCAGAAGCUCUUCGAGGAGCUGGAAGACCUGUAUCGCAGGACAGUGCCGGGCGAGACCAGCCCAGAGAAGGCCAAGAAGUACGCAGUGUUGCAGAAGAGUGCCACCGAGGCCCGAUUAAGGUUAAAGAAGCAGAUGAGUUCAAAGAAGGCGUCUCGAAGGGGUUCCGAUGAUUGAACCAAUUGCCAUAUGUCCAUAGCCGACCACACCUAUAUCAUCUUCCUUAGCUCAGGUCAAAAUAGAAACGGACGGUAGUGAGUCUAGAAAGGCUGAAGUACUGUAAGGAGAACUGCCUUCGUUUGGUCAUUCCUCCCCAAGGGUCUCCCAAAUAUUUGCUCGACUUCCAUCCUCAGCACCACGGAGUGGGUUUAUUAACGCACGAAUGCAGUUACGUGGGUCCAUGUGCUGGUUAUGGCAAGCGGUGAGUCCAGAGUGGAUACGGAAUGCAUACCGCCUGGCAGAAUAAAAUGCUUCGAAAGCUGCAGCAUGGAAAUUUUGGGCCCCUCCAUC